AUGCACUCCCGCGGCACCCACACCGCACCUUUCGUGAUCUCUCCCAUACCGAACGACCCAUCCCCCGCCGACAUCGCCGGCUACCGCGACCUGCGGCUCGCCGCGCUCAAGAGCGACCCGGCCUGCUUCGGAUCGACGUACUCGCGCGAGGCCGCGUUCGACGACGCAACAUGGCGCGCCCGCAUCACCGGGUCCGGCCGGAGGACGGUCGUCGCACACGAGCCGCGCUCCGCUGAGGACAGCCAAGACGAGGGUGCAGGGAGGUUGGUGGGCAGCGCAACGGUCAUCGCGGCGAGGGCCGUCCCGGGGGUUCCGCUGCCCGCGGGAGCGGAGAGGACCACGGCCUACUUCGUCUUCGGGAUGUGGGUCCGGCCGGAGUGGAGGCAGCACGGCGUGGGACGGAUGUUGUUGACGCACGCCCUCGACUGGGUUGCGCAGGAUGCGGGGUCGGGAGAAGGGCCAGGGCGAGGGUGCGCGGUGGUGUGGCUGGAAGUUGCGGCGGGAAACGGUGAGGCGAAGAGGCUGUAUGAGAGGGCACAGUUCGAAUACGCGGGAGUGGGGGAGCAUGGUGGGGUGUGGAUGUCGAGACUCGAGAAUGCUUCAUGA